AUGGCGGACGGCGACAGCGGCAGCGAGCGCGGCGGCGGCGGCGGCGGCGGGCCCGGCGGCUUCCAGCCCGCGCCGCGCGGCGGCGGCGGGCCCGGCGGCGAGCAGGAGACGCAGGAGCUGGCCUCGAAGCGACUGGACAUCCAGAACAAGCGCUUCUACCUGGACGUGAAGCAGAACGCCAAGGGCCGCUUCCUCAAGAUCGCCGAGGUGGGCGCGGGCGGUUCCAAGAGCCGCCUCACGCUGUCGAUGGCGGUGGCCGCCGAGUUCCGCGACUCGCUGGGCGACUUCAUCGAGCACUACGCGCAGCUGGGUCCCAGCAGCCCGGAGCAGCUGGCGGCGGGAGCCGAGGAGGGCGGCGGGCCGCGCCGCGCGCUCAAGAGCGAGUUCCUGGUGCGCGAGAACCGCAAGUACUACCUGGACCUCAAGGAGAACCAGCGCGGCCGCUUCCUGCGCAUCCGGCAGACGGUGAACCGCGGCGGCGGCGGCUUCGGCGGCGGACCCGGGCCCGGCGGCCUGCAGAGCGGCCAGACCAUCGCGCUGCCCGCGCAGGGUCUCAUCGAGUUCCGCGACGCGCUGGCCAAGCUCAUCGACGACUACGGGGGCGAGGAUGACGAGCUGGCCGGGGGCCCGGGAGGCGGCGCCGGCGGCCCGGGGGGCGGCCUGUACGGAGAGCUCCCGGAGGGCACCUCCAUCACGGUGGACUCCAAACGCUUCUUCUUCGACGUUGGCUGCAACAAGUACGGGGUGUUCCUGCGAGUGAGCGAGGUGAAGCCGUCCUACCGCAAUGCCAUCACCGUGCCCUUCAAGGCCUGGGGCAAGUUUGGAGGCGCCUUCUGUCGGUAUGCAGAUGAGAUGAAAGAAAUCCAGGAGCGACAGAGGGAUAAGCUUUACGAGCGACGCGGUGGGGGCAGCGGCGGCGGCGACGAGUCCGAGGGUGAGGAAGUGGAUGAGGAUUGAAACGGGCAGCUUCCCGUGCUGGCCUCCCCCACCCCACCACCAUCCCCUUGGCUAGAGAGUUCCCUUUCCUACUCGUCCCCAGUGAGCUAGUGGAGAGGGAUCAGGGGAGGCCGCAGACGGAGACAACAAAAUUUAAAAUAAUAUAGUUAAGAGAAAUAACCAUAAGAAAACAGUCACAGACAAUUAGAGAAAAGCAGUAAAGUUCCAAGGAACUGCCAGCAACCUGCAAAGAGGACAGCAGCAUCUCCUCACCUGCGCAAGAGUCUCAGCUUCUGUUUAAAACCGAGGUUCGUAAAUUCAUCAGGAUAACACUGGAGGGCAAUAGGUCUUAGAACGUCUGAGUUACCCAGACUCGUCCAUUGAUAACAGUUGAAUUUGUGUUGUACCUGGGUCAUCUGGUCUUAGGAUCCUUCCGGGCCUCCCUCCAUCGCCAUCGAAAUCAGCAUUUUGGAUCUAGGUCCUAGUGGAAUCUUUGAGAAGAAAGAGGCCUUUGCAGUUACCCAGUUCCGAGGGUACAGAUUUAUGAAAAGGAAUGCAAUUUUACACAAUCAUGGACAGGGCAAGAUAAGAAUUCAAGAAGCCAUCGGAGAAUUAAAAAAUCAAUUGGAUCCAUUUUUUUAAAAAAUGGUUUUGCAUGGAACCUGGACCAAGGACCCUGUCUUUUCUUUGCAGAAUUGUUUUCCGGGAUGCAGAUGAAUUCAGAUAUCAAAGCUUGAACUAGAAUCCAUUACUAAAAUAGUUUAAAAGUUGGCAAUUUUUUUUUUUUUUCAAAAAAACGAAAGCAAUUUUACAAUGGGGAUUGCUGAGGUAGGCACAAGAAGUCAGGCAUAAAGCACAAGACAGAUUGUUUGAGUGGGUUGGUUGCUGCUCACUAAAGUUCUUCCCUUGAUCUCUUAAGUAUGGAGGUCAUUACCAAGAAAUGGCUUACCAUGAGUGAGAGCUGGAUCCCUAUGGCUCCACCCUAUGAGCUAGUGAAUUAUGGCUAAUUCGGCUGUUACAGCCACUGGCUGGCUGCAUUUGAAACUUUAAAACUUGACUAUCUGCAAAAAGGAGCAGUGUGGCUACAAGCCUGAGCUUUAAUGGAAUAUACAUCCUCACAGAGAAGUUGGAAACAACCGGAACUGAAGUCUUAACUCACCUUCGGUGUCAUCUGUGGAUUUAGUGAAAUACUGACCAUCCUCAGGUCCAGAAUUCCAGCAUCAUUUAUUCUUUUAAAAUAAAUUUUUAAGAACUUGAUCCAUUGUAUUCAGUACCUCACAAUCAAAGUUGGCAAAUGAUGAAUGAAUGAUUCAAGCAUUGCACCCGGUGGAAGCUGAAAUCCAUCUGUGAAUGGAACUGAAGUGAACGUGAAUGCUGACUCUAUCCUGGAAGCAUUUUUAUACCAUCUUGAAAUUUCAACAAACUGGCAUUUGCCAGUUUAUCCAGCUGUCUUUCAAGAAUAAAAGUUGGGGUUUUCAAGGAUCGCCUCUUCUAUAUUUUAAAUGGAUUUUCAGUAUAAAUGAUUUUUCUAAUCGAGUUAAUCCCACCCCAUCAAAAGGUAUUCCUAGAAAUGUCAUAGACCUAGGCAACUUUGAAUUGAAUGGGAGCUAAUGUUCUUUCCAAAGUUUUUCAGGUAUUUGUGUGACACCUUCUCAAGAACCAGGAGGCAAGUAACCCCACCUCCACAAUCUUAGUAUUUCUUUUUAACUGCAUGCCUGCCCUUUAUUUGAGCUGCCUUUUUAAUUUAUUGCAUAUCCUUUUUAUUAUCUUAUUUUGGUAUUCAAUCUAUACAAUCUUUUUGUAUUUAUUGGGAAAUAAGUAAUAUACAAAAAGGUCAUUUUCGUGUCUGUGGCUGAGAGGGAAGGAAAUAUUUGUGUAUAUAAAAUUAGGCUUUGAAAAGAAAUUAGACUGAUUCAGAAUAUUAUUGAUCUUAGACUUAAAAAUGGAGGAGCCACAAACAUUGGUGCCCUUACAGACUAUUUCUCUACUCUCAUCGUCCACAGUAGAAUUUUUAAACAGAUUUUUUUAAAGCUUUUCUUUCAAAUUUUUCUCCGUUGCAAAGAAUGUUUCCUAAAUUGUAUGGGAGCAAUAGUAUUUUGAUGUUCUAAUGACAUCCGUAUACUUGUACUGUAUUUUGUACUACAAGGCAGCUGUUUUCAAUAAUGUCCUGCUGUAUUUACCUAUGUGUUUUGAGUGUGUGUUUCUUUGCUGCGGAGAACAAAUUCCUACUUUUAGUAAAGGAGCUGAGAAGCUAGCAUUAGGUUGCAGAAACUGUUUAUAGUUUCAAACUCUGAGGCAGCAAUGAAAAUUAAGGUUGCAGCUAUUCAUUGAUUGCUGUAACGUUUUCAUUUUCCAAUCAUGUACAAUUCCUGUAUAGACCAACUUGUUUUCUUGCUUCAGUGGUGGUUCUGUUGCUCAGCUGCAGUGAGCCAGUUCAAUUUUGCAAAGGUGCAGUACCUCUCCUUUUCAAGGGGUUGGUUUUUGUUUUUUGUUUGUUUUUCUUUUUUCUUUUUAUUUGGCUGAAUUGCAGUAACUAGCCUUGCCUUUCUAUUCUGUAGAAAUGACAGGGUCUUCACAAUCCUUCACCAGUGGCUACUAAGCUAUAAUUAGCUGAAUAGAAAGAAUGUGGAAGUGGUCUGAGGCAUAUAGAGUAUAUGCCAAGAACACUACCAUAUAUGGCAUCAGCUUUGGUUACCAGAGAAAUUUUCUUAGUCAUUAGACCAUAUAACAGUAAUAUAUCAUAUGUAAAUCUUUAGAUAUCAAUUUGAAAAUCCUCCAAAAAAAGGAGCAAAGAAUGCAUAAGCUAUGUGUUGGCAAAAGUAAUUUAUAUUAAAAUUUUGACCUGCCUUUGUAAGAUUAAGUGGUAAAUGUCAUAGUGGUGGGUUUUUAAGUCUUAACCAAUCUCUAAGGUUUAUUUCUCCUGCAGGGGGUGGUUCAUGGCCUCUCUUCCCACUGUAGGAAGAUAGCAGAAGGAUGGGGAUUAACUGUAGCAUUUCACUGAUCCUCAUUCCAGGGACUAGGGACAAUAGAAAUCUGACAGUGUGAGAGUCAGCUCAUAUAAUACUAGUUUUUUGAAGGCGCUGGUUUUUGUUAACCCCUGUCAGAAAAUGGCCUUGUACAAAUUAUGAGAAGUACCAACUUUUCUGUUUUGUUUUCGAAGUGCUACUACGAAUGGUUUAGAGUUGUAUAUUUUUUCCUUUUAAAUUUGGCAGAUAUCCCAGCUAAUGAAAAUAGUCACAUGCCCAAGAAGUUGGGGCAAGAACUCCAUUUCAAAUGUUGUUGAUAUGUUUGUUUCUCAGGCUACUGUAUACAAAAAUGUGUCUUUAAGAAAAUCAAAGAGAAGAAGAAAAUUCUAUGCAGAGACCCUACUACUUCUUAAUGGUUUCUAUUGUCCCUACACAUCAUUUCAGCAAGUCUAACAGCAGUUCUUGUCAGCAAAUUCUUCAGUGCAUAUGCUGCACAAAACAAAACAUAAAUCUGCACAGCACCAAAAAUCAAACAAAAAACCAAAAACCCAGACACCCUAUGUAUCUGUUGGAGGCAUGUAGGUGGUACAAAUGACUGUAGCUGUGAAGCACACAUGGCUACUGUCAUGUCACUUUCCAUAAGUAUUUACUGCAAAGUGAUUGAGAGGCUUUUGGUUCAGGCAGCCAUUAGCCUCCUGCUUCCUUUGUUACCUCUGGAUCACUUUGCAGUAAAUUGCAGGUCUUUUAAAAGAUUCAAGCUUCGGUUUUCUCAAAACAAAACAAUUAUCCUGUCUUACCUGAAAAUGCGGGGUUGUGGGCAAAAGAGGCUGGUUAUAAUAAUGCCCUCAUAUUGAGUGGUCUGUAAAUGGCUGCACACUUCAGGCAUUAGAGUUGCUGAGGAUGCUUUGUUAAUGUGAUCUUGACUGGCUUUACAGGGGUGUAGAACAGUCUACACAGGCAACUAUUUGCAUCCACCUUGCUCUUGAGGUGGAUGGAAGUAAGGAAAGGCUGGAGUGUGUAAGUCAUGCACAUAAGUAUUCUUCACUGUAAAUUUCGUUUUCAUUUUUAACCCAAUUAUGGUACUUUGUCCAAUGCACAACUGAUCUCUCAGUAGAUAUUCAUUUGAAAAUAGUGUGGCCUUGACCAGUGAGAAGGGGAAGAAGUGACUUAUGCUUGUGUUAAAAUGACCUGUUUGCUGAGAGUGGUCGUUCUGCACACUCGUAAUACCAUGGUUUUGAUUGGGGAGAGUUAAUGGUUUUGACCCUGAAUUUAACUGAGUUUUCUUCUAUUUUUAGGAAGUAUCAGAAUUGCUCUGAUGAGUAACAAAGUGAACUGCUUUGAUGUCCAAUCUCAGGUUUUAAAAUAUAGUGGUAUAGAAGCCCACUGUUACUAAUUCUUAAGAUAAUUUUAAUUUAGUGUACCCUAAAAGUCACAUGCAUAAGGCCUGUUCAGAGAGCAGGGCCUCCACCUUUUUGCUCCUUUUCCACUUUGUACUUACUUCACUUGAAAAGAUGUCAAGUGACUUUGCAUUGUAUAUUUCCAUUUUAAUCCUGACGUAGUUCUCAAAGAUGAAGCACUUUUGAACAUGAAAUACAUGGAUCAUGUGUGAUGUGGAUCAUGGUUUCUCAGGCCCCUAGAUAAUCCACUUCUGAGUAUUGUUCUAUGUAAGGAGAGUAGAGCUCUUUGCUAAUGGUAGAAAGUUUGUAUUCUUGAUUAGAAUGCACUUGCUAGUUUCCAAUGGAUGGGAGAGUAAACGAUGCUGCAUUCACAAUUGAAUAAGUUGCUCUCCCUUGAGCCUUAAGGUAGCUUUUUCUUUCCUGUCAACAACAGCACUGAAGUCAUAGUGAGUGAAUGAGAUUGUCUGUUUUCAGGGUUGCUUUAGAGUACUGUAAAUCAAUUAGCUGUCUUCCUAAAGAGUCAUAACUCCCUUCAAUAGACAGGAUGGUGGGUGUGGGGAGGGGGGCUAGGGAAGGGAGAGAGGUAGUUUAUAGAAAAGAAAAAAGAAAAAAAGAGCCACGUUUACCUUAAAAUAUAGAGAAAAAAGAAAAAAAGUUCAUGUCCUAUCCUGUUGGAAAUUUCAGAUGUAAGGUGGAAAUGGCAAAAUAUAAUUCAUUUCCCCUGCUUUUAAUUUAGAAAACCUAAGUUAUUUUCAAAUAUUAGCCCCCAGAAGUUUCAAGAGCUAGCUAGACUCAUGAACGAUGAAUUCUAGAGCAGAACUUUCAAGAGGUAGCUACACUCAUAAAUGAUGAAUUCUCUAGGUAUCUCUGACUUUGCUAUUUAAACUUACCCUUUUCAGUCCUCACAAUUUGAACCUGGUUUGAUUACUGAAAGAUUAAAUAAACUUAUAUGUGAACAAAUGGGAUCCAGUUGUCAAGACUGAAAAUUAAAUUUGGAAAAUGCAAAAAGAAUGAAAUUGCACCAUAAAGAUUUAUUACCCUAGUGAGUCCCAACUUAAGGCCUUUAUGAAUGUAUUUUAUAUUUCCUAAUGAAAUAGGAAAUAUUCACCAGUGUAAUCAUGUAACCACCUGUAUUCACUUUUACUUUCAUUUGAAAAUCAAAUGCCUCCUGAAUUGGACAUUCCAAUUGGGAUAGGUAGAGAGCCAUGUUGAAACAAUAAAUGCCAUGUUUGUAGUUUCAGUAGGACUUCUAAGAGUGAGAACAGAGCUUUGUUAGAAGUUAAUAAAGCCUUUUCACGAUUCUAACACUUUGGAGAAAGAUUUUAACCAUAAACAUGAGGUUCUAUGAUCAAAUUUGAUGUCUGCUACAUUACAACCCACUGGGAUCAGCUUUGUGCUCUGGACUCCUGAGUCCAGCGUUCCGCAGAGAAAGCAGUAGUGGGUCUGUUCAAUGUCCACUAGUGAAGUGCAGAAGGCACAGGUGUGUCCAUUCUUCCCCUUUAGGAACUCUUCAGUGGCUAACUUUUUCAACAAAAUGCUUACUUCUUAAAGGCAAAAUAUUUUGUGUCCUGUGUUGCAAGAUCAGAUGGUUAGUAAAUCUUAGUGUUUGGAAAUAGAGUGACAAGGAGUUUGUUUCUUCCCUUUUAAAUGUCUGUCUGAGAGAAAUACAGAUGCCGGAAAGUCCAAGAAAAUGAGCAGAAUUAUAGCCCUGAGCACAGUGUGUUGGAGGAGGUUUUAUAAUAAACCCUUUUCUCCAAGCCCACAUCACUAUCUGUUGAACCAAAGCUCUCAGGAGUCUGAAAAGUCAAGAGGUUGGGCAAAAAGUCUAGAGACUUGGCUGUAGGUCGUCAUGACUUACAUUUUACAAAGAGUCUGUGGUUUUGCGUGUUUUGGUGGCAGGCAAGUAUAUUUUAGUUACUUUUCCGUGACCUUGGUGUCUGAAAUUAAGAUUGUCGGUGUAUUUGGACUUUUUUUCCUGAGGUUAGAACAGUUGUAUUAGGCAUUUACGCUUGUGAAUCUUCAUGCAGGCGUCUUUCCAGUCCUGUGAGUUCAGAUGACACACUUUGUGUUCUGUAAGAAUCUCACUGCCUGUCCUGUCUGCCAAUGGCUCUGUUAAGCUAGGCUCUUCACUCCAAAGCUGGGGCUAAUGUCCCAGUUGGGAAUCUCCAGAAGUCAUUUGAAUGAGUUUAAGCCAAAUCUCGAGCAGGAGACAGCUUCUUGCUCUAGAUGUACAAUUAGCUUAGGUUGGAAAUUACUCUAAAGAGGGUUUGGAAUGUCUUUAGUCUGUGUAAAUACCAACAUGCUUCUUCUGCAUCGUGAACCAGUAUGUAUGCCUGUGUAUGGGUUUGUAGAGCUGGUUUCUGCUUCAAGUGAAGCUGCACCUUUGUUUGUAAGGUCCCCUCCACCCAGAACCCUAUAAACAUUUGUAAAUAGAACACUAAAAUUUGUAGCGGUAGGAUCAAUUUGGGAAAUAUCUGCUGAGAGACCAAAAAGUUCAUUUUUUUAAGUACCUUGGUUAAAGAGUAAAGAUUAUUCCUCUUAUUUUUUAAAAGAAGAAUGCACUUUAACAAACACAGCUGCAUGGGCAAUUCAACAAUCCAUGAAGUGCAGUACCCAUCCAGAAACCACACUUCCUGAAAACCGUUCAAAGCAGAGUCCACACGGGCUGGUGGUCUCACCGCCUGUAGGUUGAAGCUUAGAUUCUGAUGAAUUGUGAGACAAGCAGGGCUGCUUCAAAGAGCAAUGUGAAUACAGCCAGAAGCUUCAGACAGGUCUGUAAAAUGGCGGGUCCCGUAUUUACCACUAACUAGCAAAACUGACAGAAAAACUCAUAGAAAUACAAAGUUUAAGAAUCCUUCCUGCUGGUGUGCACUCCUUCCAAUAGCAGACUUUUGCAAAUGGAGUUUUACAGUCUAUAUUUAAAAAAUUGUAUGUUUGUAACAAAUAAAGUAUGCGGAAAAGUGAAUGACA